AUGGAUGCACAUUCUUAUCCCCCAACUCAUCCACCGCCAACACAACCGGAAAUGUCUUACAUUCGUCAAUCUAAUAAUUUUCCCGAGACUUAUCCCACAGAACACGCUGACAACGAUAAUAGCGAUGCAUACAGUGCUAGCAACGAUCGAUUAUACCCAUUCCCCGACACACCAAACGCCAGCACUAAUGCCCUCGCAACUCAACCCCCGGGCUCAAAAGUCGGCGACGACGACGACGAGCAACUGGCUGACCUCAACAAUAACGGCAAACAGUCCCGCUCGUUCUUUCGCAACCGUCGUAAAGCAUGUUGCUUCGUCUGUUGCGGUGUUACAAUAAUCAUUGCGGCCAUUCUAAUUCCGCUAGCCAUAUACGUAAUAGCGCCAGCGAUAGCCCAAGGCGCCGUUACCGGAAGCAAACUUGAAUUCUCGUCUGCAAAAUUAAGCAAUCUCACUGAAGAUUCAUUCAUAAUGACCGUUUCCGGAAAAGUCACUGAUACCGGUCCGAUGGCAGCUACAAUUAACGUUCCUGAUGGCGUAGUGGUCACGUGGGAGGGUAUGACAUUAGGUCGAUUACCUUUGGAUGAGAUCUCGGCGGCUCCGUUUGUUGGGGCAAACAUCGAUAGUAGUCAGGUGUUUUCCGUUACCAAUAAAACGGCCUUUGAACAGUUUAACAAGUUUAUGCUGACGCAACAAGAUUUUACAUGGCAUCUGGAAGGAUCUGCUAAUGUUAAGGCUGCAGGAUUGAGUUUGUCAGGAAUUCAGCUUAGCAAGGAUGUCACGAUGAAAGGAAUGAAUAAUUUCCCAUCAGUCACAAUAAAGUCCUUCAACGCGCCAUCGAACCAUCCAUCAGGCGGCAUAGCAAUCGUUAUCGACUCCAACCUCGUAAAUCCCUCCCCUGUAGGCGUUGUUCUGGGUGAUCUGUUCUUUGAUGUUGUCUACCUGAACCAAACCGUAGGCGAAGUGUCAGCCACAGACGUAACACUCGUCUCUGGCGACAAUCCUCUUACACUCAGUGGUCGGUUGAUCCCUCAGAACACAACUGCCGGACUUGCCGCGGUCAGUGACAUGUUUUCCAAGUACAUUGCAGGAGAUAAUGCUACAACGACCGUCGUUGCAACGUUGGUCAAACCGUCAGAUGGUGGAGCGCCUAUUUCUUGGUUGCAGAACGCAUUCCAGGGAACCAGGAUGGAUGUUGUAUUGGAAGGUGCAAAUAAUCUGACCAUAAUCAGUGGAGUUUCGUUGAAUACUAUGGAUUUGGUAUUCACAGCGAACAACGCAUACUCUCCGACGGCGUCCUCAAGCUCAUUGGGUGCCACAUUUUCGAUCCCGUUCGGCUUUCCGUUGACGAUGAAGCAAAUAUCCCAAAACAUUACUAUAUAUGGAGGAGGGAAAGCUCUUGCCGAUUUAAACACGCCGUAUGCAGCAGCACAAGGUGAUUCCACCUCUGGUCAAUUAACCUCUAGCAUUGCUCCUGUUCCGCUCGUUGUCGUCCCUGGUUCAGAGGGGGCAUUCAAUGAUUUCAGCACGCACCUUACUACAGAUUCAUCCGUCGCGAUGCUUAUGAAAGGUACCGCGUCUUCUAUUGCUGGUACCGCUAUCGGAGAUGUAGAAAUAAAAGGGAUCAAACUCAGUGUUCAGAGUUCUCUUACUGGGUUACAAGGAUUGCAGACCAAACCAGUUGUUAUUAAUUCAUUGAGCGUAACGGGAGGAACAACUGACCACAUGAAUAUUCAGUUGUCGGUCACAUUAUUUAGUCCGUCGAAUGUCAAGAUCACAAUGGGCGAUGUCUCGUUUGACUUAUUAUUCCAAAAUAAGCUGAUCGGGGAGGUAUUAAUGAACAAUUUUACACUCGACCGUGGUUCCAACACUCGCCAAAUCAUCACCAACUUUGCUCCCCAAGGAGCGGAUGCAAUUGCUGCCGGACGAACCUUGUUGGAUAACUUUAUACUUGGAAAGACCAACACAGUAGCCAUACAAGGAUCAGCAAAGUCUACUCCCAUCACUUCUUUACAACAAGCAUUGGCAACAUUAAAUCUAUCCACAGACUUACCUGGAUUGCAGACUGACCAGCCGAUCAUAGUGCGAGCACGGUUUGCCAUUUCUCUUGGUACGUUAUUCAACCAGAAAGGGACGGCGUCGAUUGAUGCGUAUAAUCCGCUGGAUACCACUAUGAAGUUUCUUCACAUAAAAGCUUCUAUCACGGUCAAGGGAACUGUCAUAGGCAACAUGGAUCAAGACUUGACGGGUGAUCCCGUUGUGAUUCCACCCAAGCAGGUGGUAACGACAAAAGAUUUUGACAUGAAUUUGAUUAUCGGGCCUACCGCUAUCGACAGCUUACUAAAGAGUAUAGCAGGAGAUUUGGUUACUGAUAUAGCGUCAGUGAUAACCGUUGCAAUUGGCGAUUAUCAGACCACUCUUGACUAUUCCCAAACCAAUGUGCCAACUGGACUCGGAAAAGGAGCAAACUAG